AUGGCGGAUGCAGCCACCCGCUUCACCAUCGACACGAAAUUUAGCGGAAGGCUAUCACAACUGGAGCCAACUGAGGAGAACAUUGUGAAAAGUUACGAAGAGAGAAAACCAGCAGUUGAUGUGUUUUACAUACAUGCCCCAUGUCGUGGCACCCCAGUUAAAACAUCCUGUCGGGAAUCAAUACGCUGUACAAAACCGGCAAUCGGGUUAUCAAAUUUCAACGCAGAUGAGGUCGAAGAGGUUAUUCGAGUGGCAGGGGAAAACAACUUCGUGAUACCUUCCGUUUACCAGGGCAACUAUAAUGCCAUUUCUCGGCGUACCGAGACAGAGCUGAUGCUAGUCCUACGCAAGUGGAACGUGGCGUUGCGUUCUAUGCAUACAGCCCAAUUUCAGGUGGAUUUCUGGCCAAAGCCCCCGAACAACUCCUGGACUUACACGGCCAAGAUGUACAAUGCCUUAUACAACAAACCUUGCAUGUUGAAAGCACUGGCAGCUUUUGUCCAAUUGUCAAAGGAUACUGGGAUUUCGCAGGCAGAGUUGGCCUACCGAUGGCUUCAUAUCCAACUAUUUGAGCUAGAACGAUGA